AUGGCGGAGGGGGCUGGAGACGGGGGAGCCACUGACAUCAGCCCGAACCAAGGCAGCUCGGAACUGGGGAGUGAAACUCGGUACCCUCUGCUGUUGCCUAAGGGGGUCGUCCUAGAACUAAAGCCUGUGGCCAACUGUGUCCCCAAGAAGGCUUCGAGACAGAAGCAGUCGUCAGUCCUGAAGCCCCUUCUUAUCCGACCCAGCCCCCCGCUCCAGCCUAGCUUCAACCCUGGGGAAACACCAGCCAGGGCCGCUCAGUCAGAAGCCCCUCCGAGCAAAAUGGUGGUCCGGAUCCCUCACUUGAUCCAGCCAGCCACUGUCUUACAGGCAGUUCCAGGUGUCCCUCCACUGGGGCCCAGUGGGGGCGAUGGUGUUGAGUCUCCUGCAGCACCACCUGCUGUACACCCUGAGGCCAGGACCAGCUUCGCUCUGCCCGAGUCGCAGACCCUGCUCUCCUCUGCCCCUGUGCCCAAAGUCAUGCUGCCCUCGCUUGCCCCUUCUAAGUUUCGAAAGCCAUGUGGGAGACGAAGAGGCUCAAGGAGAAAAGGGCCCUGUCUGAAAGCUGCCCCCCUCAUCCAUUCUGCACCCGUUAUCUUCACCGUUCCCGCCACCACCGUGAAGGUCGUGAGCCUUGGCAGUGGCUGUAACGUGAUUCAGCCUGUCAGUGCGGCUGUGGCCCAGAGCCCCCAGACCAUUCCCAUCACUACCCUCUUGGUUAACCCUACUUCGUUCUCCUGUCCAUUGAACCAGCCCCUUGUGGCCUCCCCUAUCCCACCCUUAAUUGUUUCUGGCAGCUCUGUAAAUCUUCCUGUACCAUCUCACCCCGAAGAUAAGGCCCAAGUGAAUGUGGACCUUACCUGUCCUUUGGCUGAAGGGAACAUUGCCUUUCAAAGCCUGGAACCCCAAGAACAAUCUCCCCUCUCUGGUACCAUUGUCCCUAAAGAGGAGCAAAGCCCAGGGCCCCCAGCAGCAGAUAUGGAGUGCCAGGAAGGAUUGUCGGAGAACAGUGUGUGUGGUUGGACAGUUGUGAAAACGGAGGACGGGAGUCAAGCUUUGGAGCCGCUGCCUCAGGGGUUUCAGGAAUCUCUACAUCCUUCCCCUGGGGAUUUCAAGGCAAUUGUCAAGACAGAACUUAUGGAUGCUGGGGAAGACAUGCCAGGGGUGUGGGAGCAGGACAUUUGUGAUGAAAUUAACACUGUGCAACUGGACACUGCCUCCCCAGCGGAGGAGCUGAGCAGCACCAGAGAGGGGAAGAGGCAGAAGGUCUUACAGAGGGAGGAGGAGAGGGGCGGGCCAGCCAGAACCCCUUCAGUGUCUCAGGAUCCUCCUGGUGAUGGGGACUCAGGGAGAGAUGGGAGCAAAGGCUCACCAAAUGCUUCCUCCUCCCCGGACCCCGAGAUGGUGCGCAGCAGUCCCCCAGGGAAGCCUGAAGACCCCUCUGGUGCCGAUGGGCAGUCAGUGGAGACCAUAGCUGGGCCAGAAGCUGGAAGAGAGGAGGGGCCAGAGGUGGAGGAGGAGGAAGAGGACUUCGACGACCUCACCCAAGAUGAGGAAGAUGAUAUGUCCUCGACGUCUGAGAAAUCUGUGUUCUCCGUCCUGGAGCUCCAGGAAACAAUGGAGAAAUUGACUUGGCUGGCAUCGGAAAGGCGUGUGAGUCAGGAGGGUGAGUCUGAGGAAGAGAACUCCCAGGAGAACUCCGAGCCAGAAGAGGAGGAGGAAGAAGAAGCCGAGGGAAUGGAGAGUCUGCGGAAGGAGGAGGAAAUGACGGAUGACGCAGUUGGAGACUCUGCUGCGAAGCCCCCUUCCACCUUCGCCUCACCCACGACUGCCCCGGAAGUGGAAACCAGCAGGACCCCACCAGGAGAGAACGUCAAAGCUGCUGGGAAGAGCCGGAGCAGUCAUCGAGCUCGCAGCAAGCGGGGAAGCCGGGCGCGGGCCAGCAAGGACACCUCCAAGCUGCUGUUGCUGUACGAUGAGGACAUUCUUGAGCGGGAUCCUCUCAGGGAGCAGAAGGACUUGGCCUUUGCCCAGGCCUAUCUCACCCGGGUACGAGAAGCCCUACAGCAUAUCCCGGGCAAGUAUGAGGACUUCCUUCAGAUCAUUUAUGAAUUUGAGUCCAGUACCCAGAGGCAGACAGCGGUGGAUCUCUACAAAAGCCUGCGACUUCUGCUCCAAGACUGGCCUCAGCUGUUGAAAGACUUUGCUGCUUUCCUGUUACCCGAACAAGCUCUGGCCUGUGGAUUAUUUGAGGAGCAGCAGGCUUUUGAGAAGAGUCGUAAAUUCCUUCGGCAGCUGGAGAUUUGCUUUGCAGAGAACCCCUCACACCACCAGAAGAUUAUCAAGGUUUUGCAAGGCUGUGCAGACUGCCUGCCCCAGGAGAUCACCGAGCUUAAGACGCAGAUGUGGCAGCUCCUCAAGGGCCACGACCACUUACAGGAUGAGUUCUCCGUCUUCUUCGACCAUCUGCGCCCAGCAGCUAGCCGUAUGGGUGACUUUGAGGAGAUCAACUGGACUGAGGAGAAGGAGUAUGAGUUUGACGGCUUUGAAGAAGUUGCACUGCCCGAAGUGGAAGAGGAAGAGGAACCUCCCAAGAUACCCACAACUUCAAAGAACAAGAGAAGAAAAGAGAUUGGAGUCCAAAACCAUGAUAAGGAGACCGAGUGGCCAGAGGGGGCCAAGGACUGUGCCUGUUCCUGCCAUGACGGAGGUCCUGACUCCAAGCUGAAGAAGAGCAAAAGGAAGACCUGCAGCCACUGUAGCAGCAAGGUCUGUGACAGCAAGUCUUACAAGAGCAAGGAGGCCCAGGAGAUGGUGGGCAGCAGCCCCCACCGAGAAGCCAGUCCUAUGCCUGGUGCUAAGGAAGCUGGGCAGGGCAAGGACGUGCUGGAAGAGGAAGCCUCUGAGGAGCGGGAGAGCACUGAGGCAGUCCAGAGCGAGUCUGGCAGGACCACCAGAAAGCGAGAGCUGCCCACUGCAGGACUGGCAGUGGGGAGCACUUUGCCGUCCCCUCAAGAAGUGACUGUCACAGAGCGCCCCAUCCUGGAUGGCCCGCCACCUCGCUCUCCAGAGACUCCUCAGCUUCCUCCCCACACUGGAAUUGUACUGCACACUGUUGGGAGAAACCAGGCUGGGCCCAAGGUUCUCUCCUGCCCUAAGACGUCCCCCAGACUUGAGAAGGAGAGGGAGGGCCAAAAGGCCGUGGGUGAGGCGGAGGCGUCGGUGCUGGCCUGGGGUACGGCGGACACCACGGAACUGCCUGGGACUGGUGUAUCUCCUGCUUCCUUCCUGAGUCCCGUUUCAUCAAGGACCAGAGACAGAGGGAAAAGACAUACAUCUGGGAAACCCGACAUGCAGAACUGGCUGCCCUUGAGCACGACUGGGGUGAAGACCGCCCACGGGAUGUCCCCUGGCCAUGCAUCUUCCCCGGGAAUCAACCCCUCAGAGAGUUCUCCCAGAGCCCCUAAAGGGGGUUUGGCUAGAGACAGUGGAGCUCAGGGAAAGGGUCCUGAGGGGGAGCAGCAGCCAAAGGCGACAGAAGCCACAGUGUGUGCCAACAACAGCAAGGUCAGCUCCACUGGGGAGAAGGUGGUCCUGUGGACAAGGGAAGCUGACCGUGUGAUUCUCACCAUGUGUCAGGAGCAAGGAGCACAGCCUCAGACCUUCAGCAGCAUCUCCCAGCAGCUGGGAAACAAAACCCCUGCUGAGGUUUCUCAUCGAUUUCGAGAACUCAUGCAGCUCUUCCACACAGCCUGUGAGGCCAGCUCUGAGGACGAGGAGGACGCCACCAGUACCAGCAACACAGACCAGCUGUCUGACCGUGGGGACCUUCUGUCUGAGGAGGAGCUGGAUGAGUGAGACUGGAGUGGGAGAGUCACCCACACGGAAUCAGACCCAACAGGCAUCCUGACGUUGGGGGUGCACUUGCUUGUUGAACCCUGGAGCUCAGCGUUGAGCUGGAGAGCAGGCGCUCCGGACGAGGACACGGAGGCUGGAGGCUGGAGAGGGCCGGGCUCUGCCACCUUACGCAUCACUCCAGGUCUUUUGUGAAGCCCUUCCCAAUCUACUGUGUACACGGCAGAGAGGGAACGGGCUCAGUUCCUUUCCACUUUUGUCUGGUGGUAUCUAUUUAUUGUGCUGUGAGUGAAUCACAGUGUUUCCAGGUGUAAACAGUGCAUAUGUUGGUGUAGUGGGUCCCAAGACACCAAGCUUUCUGCCUGAAGACACUGGGCUCCUGCAUCCAGCAGUUUUAUCGCAAACUAGCUCUUCCCCCACCCUUGGAGCGUUAGUCCACGAGGCUGUCGCUGUCCUGGUAGCACCGGGCCAGGCUGUGCAGCUCCUGCAGCAGUU